UUUUGCACCAGAACCGCCCUCCGGCAAACAUCCGCCGCGGGUUCCCGUGACAGCCUCCUGGCCGCCGGCCUGUGAUCCGGGGCCGGGCUCGGAGGAGGGCGGCUGCCAGCGCCAUGCAGCACGGCCCGGCGCCCGCCGCGCUCGUCACAACCAGGCAAAUUCAGAAUAAACACACGGGGCUGGAUUUGUCAGUGCCAGAAUACCAGGAAAUCCGUGGGAAGAUGAUGUCCGGCCACGUAGAGUAUCACAUCAUCGUUGUUACCCGACUGGCUGCCUUCAAAUCUGCAAAGCACAAGCCUGAGGAUGUUGUUCAGUUUAUGGUCUCCAAGAAGUACAGCGAGAUAGAAGAACUCUACCACAGACUGGUAGCACGGUAUCCACAGGUUUCUCUUCCACCCUUGCCUAGAAAAGUUCUCUUUGUGGGGGAAUCUGACAUCUGGGAACGAAGAGCAAUGUUCAAUGAUAUCAUGAAAUUCAUCUCAAAAGACGAGGAUCUAGCAGUGUGUCCUGAGUUACUGGAAUUUUUAGGGACAAAAUCUACUAGUGUCAUUGACUUCAAGGGUAAAAACAUUCCUGAUGACAAAGAGAAAGAAGAUGAAGAAAAUGAGGCAUUGGAUUUUUUCAAAGAGGAACAGACACCUGACUUAAUUUCAGAGCUUGCAUCAGUGGAGAGUGCCAAAAAAUGUGAGAAGAAAGAAGAGGAGCAGGAGGAAGAAGAGGAAGAAGAUUUAGACCCUCUUGGUAUAAUCAGAACUAAAAAAACAAAGAAGGCAUCUGCUCCUCCAGCCAAGGAAGAGAAGCACAAAUUAACCAUUUUUGAAGAAGAGGUAGAUCCAGAUGAAGGACUGUUUGGACCAGGAAAAGAUUUCUCAUCAAUUGGUCCCAGGAAGAAGAUGAAAGAGAAUCUGAAAUUAUUCGAAGAUCCAGACCUUGGUGGAGUAGUAAGAUUGGGUGACUCACUACUGCUGCCAGCUGCCUGUGAGAAUAGGGAGCAUGUGCUGAACAUAAGUCCUGAGGAGGACACUGAGGAACUGCUGAGGGUUGAAGAUGAUUUAGAAAAACUUUUGAAAGUAACCUCCAAACCAAAACCUAAGGUACCACCAAAACCACCGUUGCCUCAGAAACCAGCAGUUUUGCCCAGGAACACUAACACAUCUCCGCUGGCAAAGCCAAAGGAAGACAAAAUUCAAACAAUGAAUGAAGUAGACAUUCUCCGGUAUAUCCAGGAAAAUGAAUCUGUCGACAACCAAGAUACAAGUCUUUUCUGAAAAUACGCAUUUUUAAAAUGUAAUCACACCUUUUUGGCUCAAACUCCCUGUGAGCUCGUGACAAUAGCAAGAAUUGGUCAGAUCUCUUUACUGUCAUGGUGCUCAUUUGUAUACCAUGAUAUAGAGGGCAGCUUGUUUGACUAGCACAGGUUCAGUAUAAUGUUUUCAAAACAGUAUAGUUAUAGUACAUAGUUGCCUUAUCUUUUCAGGGCUUUACAGGAAUAUGGAAAAAGACAUAGCACUACAGAUUAUGUCUACGACUAUUUUAGUAUCAGAAUAGUGAAGUUUUGGCCAGUUUUGACCUGACUGUAAAUGACAAGAGUGUUGCACACAUGGCAGGUAUGAAUAGCGUCCAACAAAUGGUCUGAAACAGGACAGGAUGCUUUUCCUGUCAUUUUAAACAAUGCAUUUUCAGCUUACUGGAAAGGUAAUUUUCAUUUUGUUCUGUGCAUUUUUAUAGCAGCCUUUUCCCUCCCUGUCUGUUAUUGCAGUAAUUUAUAAACAGUGACUGUUAAGUAUAGGUAACAGUUCUUCUGUAGUUCUGAGAAAUACUGAAAUCGCAGCUAAGCCUGACUGUUUUGCUGGCUUUGUUGCAGAAAUGUCAACUUGUAGGAGAACUUGUAGGACUGCAAACACUAGACACUGUGUGUCUCUGGCCCCUGGGGGAGAUAGCAAAUGACUGAAGAUGGCUCAGGGUGCAGCUCCAGACAUAACGCAGAAGUUUCAGUGUGUAGGAGGUUUGGAUGCUGUAGGACUCUUGUGAACAUAUACAAGAUACAAAAGGGCUAAUUUUUUUCCAGGCAAGUCUUCCUAGACUUCUGCUGCAGUUAGUGGAGAGAAAAAGAUUUCUGCAGAAGUUGAAUCAGUGCAGGUGUCCUAAUGGAUGAACUCUUAAUUGCUCUCUGGAGUCAGUCUCUCUUCCUUCCCUUCUUCCAUAAAUUAAAGAGGGAUCCAUGGCGAUUAAUCCCACUCCAUUAAAAUGAGCUUUUACAUAAACAAUGGUCUAUAGUAAGCCAUAUAACAAGGGAGGACAAACUUGGGAUUAUUGAAAGGAAAAACAUAGGAAGAAAAUGUACUAGAGAAAAUUUAAUAUGCAGGAAAAAUAAGAACAGCGAACAAGCAUCCCAGACUACCCUCCCUUCUUCCCCGACUCAGGCAUUCUGGUUAAACACGCUGAAUUUACAUCUAAUGCAGGUUAAUAUCUCCUGUCAUGUGGAAAGAGAUUCCUGUGCUCAUAUAUAUGUGUGUGUUAUAUCCAAAUGUGAAGACAAGCUCCCUAGAGGGAAAAUAUUAAUAUAUUUAAGCCAUAUCACUACCCUCAAAUUUGCCUUUGUAAUAUAGAACAAUAUGAAUAGAAAGCCUUAUAUAUUUUAUUAAUGAAAUUAUCUCUAUUAGUAUUUCUUUUUAAGCCAAUGGAAAAUAUGAUAAUGGUAUUUUGGUUUGGUGGGAUAAGUAAAAUACAGUCAUUGGCUCUCUAUGUAAAAUAUGUUUCAGAACAAUAAAAAUAUUUGCUAACC